AUGGAGACUGAAGUGUCUCUUUUGUUUCAGAUCUACUGCAACUCCAAUUUUCAGAGAGACAAGCCCGAGCUCCUGGAGAAUAUUCGGAAGAAAUGCUACCUGAGAAACACUGCUCUGAGAGCGUCCGGGGCACCGGCUCUAAAGAGAAAGAAGCUGGUAGCUACAAGACACUCCCCACGAAUCCACCAGAGGAAUGCGAAGAAAGAAGCCAACCAAAAGUCCCAGAUGGCAGCUCCCAAUGUUCAGGGACCCAGUGGCACCUGCUCCUGCACAUUCUCUGCUGUCUGUUCCAUGAACAUCAUCUCUGGGCAUCCCCAGGAAAAUUAUCCCGCUCACGAGCCAUAUGGCCCAAGUGGGGAGGGCACCUCCAGGAAUGCCACGUUUGGGCCUCUGGCUACUGCCCCAAUGGAAGGCACAUGGGAAGUGGCUGCCAGCCCCCAGGUUGUCCCAGAUUACGGUUCUGUAAUGUCUUUGUACAACAUCUGCUACUCCAUCGUGCUGGCCACCCUCUCGGUCAUGUCUCCUAAUGAGGCCCCUGAAGAGGAGCCGGAGGGCUCCUCAGAUUACAAGUGUGCACUCUGUGAACGCUUCAAGGACAAUCCAACUCCCUAAACUGAGAGGCCACUGGUGACCGAUAAAAAUUGGUGAUUCCUAAUGAGUAACCCAUUUUCGGUCUUAGUAAAGAGAAAUA